AUGGCGACAGACGUCCACAAACUUCACAAACAGAUCCAGAGGUGCUACGCAGAGAACAGACGGGCCUCGCAUCCAGUGCAGUUUUACCUGACCAGCCUUGGAGGACAGCUGAGACAGAGCAUGGACGAGAAGGACAAAGGCUGGGUGAACUGGAAGGACAUCCACAUUAAAACGGAGCACUACACCGAGGUUGUGUCCCAGGAGGAGCUGGUCUACCUCACCUCCGACUCUCCCAACGUGCUGACGGAGCUGGAUCCACAGAGGGCGUACGUCAUAGGAGGCCUGGUGGACCACAACCACCACAAGGGAGUCACCUUUGAAAGGGCCACGGAGCUGGGCAUCCGCCACGCCCAGCUCCCUCUGAGCAGCUUCGUCAAAAUGAACAGUCGGAAGGUCCUGGCUGUUAACCACGUGUUCGAGAUCAUCCUGGCGUACCUGGAGAAAGGCAGCUGGCAGGAGGCCUUCUUCACAGUCCUGCCUCAGAGGAAGGGAGUGGUAGCAGUCGGCUGGGACGCGACAGAUCCUCCGAAAAAAGACGAAGAGACGGACUCUGACUCUGACCCAGAAACUACAGCUCAGGAGGAGCGAGCUUAGCGUUGGCGCCAAGCGGACAAUGCGUUUGUUUUUGUUUUUUUUACGAGAUGGUUUAAAGAAAGUUCUGUUUGUUGGAAGUUUGAAGUAUUUAUUGAAAAGAUUUCUCAGUUAAUGUUCGAGACGUUUAGCUGUUUGUUGUUGCAGCUGAAGCUGACAACCACAGGACGCACACUCGUCCCUCUUUACAGACAUCGAUGAUGAUGAUGCUUCACAAUCUUCUACUGUUGGAGGACAAAGCACAGAAAUGAAUAUGAGGAGGAACAAAUAGAUGAUGACUUCAAUUAAACGGGUCAAAGAGAGAGUUUGUUUUAUUCUGUAACAAACAGACGGACGAUGCGUUUACAUGAUACAUGUUCAGUUUCCCAAA